AUGGACCGUUCAAGUGGUCUAGUGCUGGUCAGUAGCACCCGUUGGGCUAACAGGUUUGCGAAACGAUGCUAAUGUCGAUCACCCGGUGUUUUUCAACGUAACGAGUGAUCGCCUCGACCUCAACCGGAGCUCGGCGUGUGAAUUGGGCGUUUGCCUAGUUCCGCUGGACGUAAAAGUGGCCUAAUCGCGGCUAAAAAUUGCGUUUCUGGUGCUCGGCUGAGGUUAAACGGGUGAUUGGCGAUAGCUCCCUCGGGUGCUACUCGCCAGCACGCGAGUGGUAAAGAUUUGAUUUUAAGUGCAUCGUAACCGAAAAAAUUUUUUUGACCGCAAACACUUUCUGCUACAAUCCUAUUGGAAAUAGCGAUCUUAAGAAUUUCUAUCAUUUUCCCAACUCAACGAGUAUUUUGUCUCCCAAAAACAUAAGCUUAUCAUAAGCAAAAACAAUAAAGCUUAAGAAAGAAUGGGUUCUCCGUUCAAAAUAUGUUUAACUAGGGAACUACUCGGACUCGGGUACGCGUUUCGAGUUGAAACUUUGGUGGCUUAUAGACCCUGGUAAGAGUACUUGGAAACAAGAGAGAUUAUCUGCUAAACCCCAUAGGCUUCUGAGAAAAAGCUUUUUGAAAAUGAACAGUUUAGGCUUGAAAAUUAUCAAAUGUCAGUUUUCCUUCUUCUUUUGGCUGGAAAAAAGUUUUUUAGAGUUUCUCAUAGCCGGAUAAUUCGAGGCGAUUGUAUUAAAAUAUGAAAUAAGGUAAAAAGCAGUAUUCUAAAAAUUUUCAAGCCUAAUUUUCACAUCUCAGACCUUGAAAACGCGAACGGGACGCGAAUCGGACGUGUCGGGGCAUUUCUAGUGACCACUUUAGUAGCCUCAGAACUCUUAAGGGAUCCCUAGAAUCGCCCAGAAACGUCCGGAGCACGUCCGUUUUGCGUUACCAAUGUCCGAGAUUUUCUACUAAUUUUUUCUCAGUUCUCUAUUGGGCAUAUAUUCUCAUUUGUUUUCAAGUCUUCUGACUCAGGUCUAUAAACCACUGAAGUUUCAACUCGAUCCGUUUCCCUACUCAGUUCGUGAACAGGGUGUUUAGCAGCUUUGGGUUUGAGUAAUAUAAUUGAUUACUCAAAAACUGAACUUCAAAUCGAGUCGGGGUCAUCGUCUUUGCAUUCAGGCGGCAGCAACGAAACGCAUCAGCUGAUGGCCAUCACCCAGGCCGGCGUUUGGGAAGUCGGAGCGCACAGGAUUCUCUACGACGUGCCCAACUCGGUCGAGGCCAUGACCAUCUGCAAGUUCAAGCCGACGCCCAGUAUGAAAAGUAAAUUUCUCGUGUCUUUUUGCAAGCGAAUUUAGCUUUAAACGUCUUUCAAAAUUUUUGUGUCCAUGUAUCAUAAAUUACAAGUCUAGUCAGAGCCGGUUGGUGAACCGAAACUUGGCUAUUUGAAUUCUUCCACUAAAUUUUUGAUUCCUUUUUAUCUCUCGAAUGACGUGUUCUUCCCCUGUUUCUCUGACAUCGCCGAUGAGGGAACAGAGAGACGCAGACACGCUAAAACUGUCAAGUCGUGGCGGACGGACUAUACGAGUGGAAAUGUUACGUUUUUUUUUUGGGACUUUGAAGUAUCAUUGAAAAUCAAAGCUUUCUGAGGUUGGUCUUAGGAUCCUCAGGGCCUCCCGGCCAUUCCGAAAAGUAUCGGGAGCACCAUGGCUUUUCAUAGUUUCUUAAGUUUCAUAUUUGAGCUUGACUCAUAGAUUUGGCAUCGUUCCAUCAUUCUGGCCUUGUUUUGGGCCUUCGACAAGCUGGAAAGUAG